CACCACCACCACCACCACGGCCACCACCACGGCCACCACGUGACUAGUCCCCGCCCUCUGCCCGACAUGACAGACCGACUCCGCGUGGGGAUAGUGACCGUGUCUGACAGUGUGAGCCAGGGAAAGAGCCGGGACGCCACGGGUGCCGGCCUCAUUGCCCUCCUCUGCAGCGAGACGUGGAGUGAGAGCUUCUGUGUGGUUGGUGGCCAUGAAGCGCAUGUGGUAUGCGAUGAUGAAGAGGCCAUCGGAGGCCUUGUGGAGGACAUGAUGGCUGACGGAUCGGUGGAUGUGGUGGUCACUGCGGGUGGUACUGGUCCAUCGCCAAGGGAUGUCACACCGGAGGCUCUGGCUCCUCUCCUCGGCAAGCGCUUUCCUGGCAUCGUUGCACUCAUGCACAUGAUCUCGGCUGAGAAAUCACCCUCUCCGUUUUGGUCCCUCUCUCGCCCGGUCGCCGCUCUCGCGGCUCGGUAUCCCGUCCUCGUCAUCGCUUUGCCAGGCUCGCCAAAGGGUGCCAUCGAGUGUCUCGAGCCGGUCCUUCCCUCGCUCGUCAUAUCUGAUCCGUGCUUUGCCGCCGGGCCGUCGCGCCGCGGGUCAAAGUACCCCAUGAUCCCGCUGGCAGAGGCGACAAAGGCUGUGCUCGACGCUGUGGCUGGCCUCCCGUCGCCAGACACCAUCACGGUUGCGCUGGAGGCCGCCGUUGGACGCGUCCUUGCCGAGGACGUCGUCGCUCAUGCCGACUUUCCUCCGUUUCCGGCGUCGAUGAAGGACGGCUACGCCGUGGUCGCCGCAGAUGGCGCGGGCACGUAUCCAGUUGUCGACGACGUUGUCGCCGGCGCCAACGAGGCUCCGCCGAGCCUGCAGCCGGGCUCGGUUGUCCGCAUCACCACCGGUGCCCCGCUCCCGCCCGGCGCCGACGCCGUGGUCAUGGUUGAGCGGACUGAGGUCGCCGACGCCGGGUCCGGCGAUGGACCCGAGCUCGCCGUCACCAUCCUCGACAGCGUCCAGGCCGGGGCCGACGUCCGGCCGCCCGGAUGUGACAUCGCCGCUGGCACCACCGUCCUCGCCGCAGGCACCGUCCUCACGCCGGCUGACAUUGGCCUCCUCGCCACCCUCGGCGUCGUCGCCCCGCGUGUUGUCCGCGCUCCGCGCGUUGUCCUCCUUUCAACCGGCACCGAGCUUGUUGAGGCCGGCACCGAGGGUGAGCUUCCUCGCGGCCGGAUCCGUGACUCGAACCGGCCCAUGCUCGCCGCCCGCCUCGCCGCACUCCCGGUCGAGGUUGUUGACCUCGGCAUUGUUGCCGAUGACGAGGCCGCCGUCGCUGCCGCGCUCGCCCAUGCCGCCGCGCACGGUGACCUGGUUCUCACCUCAGGCGGCGUCUCGAUGGGCCAGAAGGACCUGGUCAAGCCGCUGCUCGCCACCAUGGGCUCCAUCCACUUUGGCCGCGUCUGCCUCAAACCAGGCAAGCCGACGACGUUUGCCACCUUGGCGCGGACUCCGGCGUCGGCAGACGCGGCGCCGCCUGCGCCCGGGGAUGCGGUCCUCGCCUUUGCACUGCCAGGCAAUCCGGUCUCGGCGCUCGUCACCUUUGAGCUCUUUGUGGCGCCAGCCCUCGCCCUUCUUGCCCUUCCGCUCGCGACACGAACCGCAGCCAUAGCCGCAGCAGGCGUCCGCGAUCCGUCGGCGCCCGCUCUCAUGCCGGGCCUUGCGCUUGCUGGCGCCGUCCUCGGCCACGCCAUCGCGUGCGACCCGGCACGCCCCGAAUUUCAUCGGGUUGUGUUGCAGUGGUCGGCGCGGGAAAGUGCCUUUGUCGCCAACUCGACCGGUGUGCAGCGCUCAUCGCGUCUCGCCUCAGCAUCAGGCGCCUCUGCCCUCGCCUUUAUCCCGCAGCAGUCCGAGCCGCUGGCCAAGGGCGCGGCCGUCGAUGUUGUUCUCCUUUAA